AUGGAAUAUAAUAUGGUAGCAAAUAUAUUAAUCUUUUUUACCAUCAUCUCCUCCUUGGCGGCCAACUCAGGUUCAGUAGCAGAAAUUAAACGAACAGUUCUGAAUAGGUUCAGUGUAUGUCCUCCAUUUGGAAAAAAGGCUAAAUUUGAGGUAGAAACUAUACAUACUAAGUCACUGAUGUACGGAUGCGCCUAUAUGGGAAACGAAAAUCUACUUAGCAUUGCUCCAAUGUUCCAUUUGUGGUUGGAGCGUCCCGAGCAAUCAUUUGGACACGGACAUUGCGACAACAUGCAGAAUAUGGAGCACUUCAUGUUUGAGUGUUUGUCAGAACAUGACAGGCCGACCAAUAAAGACGAAUCUGAAAUGAACUGGCAAUAUAUAUCACUACUGGAACAUAAUGCAGAGUCAAUGCAAUUCAAAACCAAAACACGAACCUACAGAUGUGCCUUGUACGAUGUGUACGACGAAGACGAUAGGAAGAUUAGAAGAAUCCGGAUGGUGAUUAGCAAGCCGGUAAAAGGAGAAAAAUUUGAUGUAAGCCAGUGCAAUGGACUAUCGGAUAUUUUGGCACGGGAUUUACUGCCAAUCAUCCCCGAGGGACAUCGAUAUUGGCCGGACGGGUCAUUGUACAUCUAUUUGUUAGGAAGAAAGGCAAAAAUAUUCUACCCUAAUACAAAAAAGCCGGAAUUUCCUGUUAUUAAUCGUCAAACUACUGCCACCAGUUUUCCAUCAACAACUACUACCAUCAGACGCCCCACUAUAACUACAACUACUACAACUUAUGUUCCAUUACCUCGUGUAGAUUCUAAAGACCGUAUCUAUUUAUUUUCCAAUAUUUAUCCAUGA